AUGUCUGAACAAUUGAAAAAGAAUUUUUACCAACACCCACAAGAGCAACAAGAAACAAUAAUUCCAUAUACAGAUACGAAUCCUGAAUACCGAGAAACACCAUUAAUAUCACCGAUUCCACGGCCAACAAUCGAAUCAUGUCCACCAUUGACACAAUCACAACUACAAACAAUAGAAAGAGGAGCGGGAAGCACAUAUAUGAUAAAUACAAAUACUAGACAACAGCAGCAGCAACAUUAUUUACCUAAUCGAAUGAAUUUUCAACCCGUUUCUUCUUCCAUUCAUUCGAGACAAAGGCAACGAGAAAAAAUCCCCUUACCGUUGAAACCUGAAUCACGACAACAAAUUUCUCAAAUGCAAUCUUCUUUAUUUUCCCUUGCAUCUGCUGCUGAUAUCGAACGACAGAAUAAUUCAGAUUUUUUGUAUUGUCGAAUUCCAUUCGAUGCCACUCGUGAACUCGAAGGAUUAAAAAUGGUUAUAGGCAAACCUAGUCCACCGGACUAUGAUGUAUUUUGUUCUGCAAAGAUAGUCGAUGGGUUAUUCGAAAGAAAACAUCGUCUAUCCACAAUUCCUCAUGAAAAAUUAACUGCUGCCCGUGGAAAAUCAAAUCCCUACGAAAAAACAAGUAAUUCGAUUUUUAUCAAUCGUGCUGCGGUAAAAUUGGCUUGUUUGGAUGCUACGAAUCGGUUAACUGGAAAGAAAUUCCCCAAUAAAAGACCUUAUAGGUUUGCAGAUAUAUGUGGAGGUCCUGGAGGAUUCUCCGAAUACAUAUUAUGGCGUAAACAUGUUAAUGGAGAAGAUGUAUAUGGAUGGGGUAUUACUUUAAUCGGGGAUAAAGAUUUCGUUCCUGAGAAAUUUCAUCCUGAUUCAGGAGUGGACGAUUGCUAUGAAAUUAUUUAUGGCGCUGAUGGAACAGGUGAUAUAUGCAAAGAAGAAAAUAUCCGGGAAUUUGGUAGAAUUAUUUUAGAUAAGACUAUGGGUGCUGGUGUAGACUUGGUUGUUGCUGACGGUGGAAUAGAUUUCCGAGGAUUUGAACAAGAACAAGAGACCCGAAUGCGACAAUUAAUUUUGUGUCAAGUUACUACUAUGUUUCUUGCCCUUCAACAAAAUGGAGAAUUCGUAUUAAAAGUAUUUGACGUUUUUACUCAAUUUACCGCUGGAAUUAUUUGGAUUCUUUACCGCCAUUUCAAAUGUAUUCGUAUUCAGAAACCGGAACCAAGUCGUCCCGCUAAUUCUGAAAGAUACAUAAUAUGUCGUGGACUUCAUCAAUCCCGUCCAACAAUAACCAAUUAUCUAUUCGACAUCAAUCGUAAACUCAAUGACCUCUCACGUCGUCGUAGUCGUGGUGAACAUGAAGAGCAAGAUAUAAUUCAGAUUGUGGAAUUUGAGGAAAUGAAAAAAGAUGAGUCGUUUAUGCAGUACUUGAAGAAUUCUAAUGAAAAAAUUGCUUUAGAACAGAGUAAAGCAUUGGAUGAGCUGUUGAGAUAUGUGCAUAAUCCUGAAUUAAAACCAAAAAAUCAGGAAGAAAUUCGUCGAGAACGAUUCGCUCAGUGGUUGUUACCAAUUGAAGAACAUCACCGGCGUUCUGGUGGUAAUAGUGGUAGACAAGAGACUAAUUAUUCUCGUCAUAAUUAUUAA